AUGGUUGUUAAAUUCAUUGACAAAGAAAUUGCAGACAGUGUAAUUUACUCUAAAACAGCAAAAGAGUUGUGGGAUAGCUUGGAGCACAGAUUUGGUAGGACAAAUGGUGCUAAAUUUUAUCAUUUGCAAAAGGAACUGUUAGGAACUAUUCAAGGAAAUUCUGAUAUAGCAGGAUACUUUACCAAGCUAAAACGUUUGUGGGAUGAACUGGAUGCACUCAAUAUCAUGAUGUGUUGCUCUUGCGAUGAAAACCAAAGGGAAACAUAUGAGCACAACUCAUUCUCUAAUGAUGCUAUAGGUUUUAUGGCUAAUUCUCAGGGGAGAAAUGUUCAAAGAUCUGGUAACUUUGUCUCAAAAGGAAACUUCUCUCAGGAUAACUUUGCACCACAGAGAAACUCCAUUCCUAAUCAAAGGGGUGAUAGAGGGAACUACAAGAACAAGGGGAGAAGGAAUAAGAGGAUUGGAUAUCCUGAUGAUUUUGAAUUCACUAAGUCCAAAUACUUCAAUUCCUCUAAGCCUAAAGGGUUUCAAGGAAGGGCAAAUGGGGCUUUCCCAAGUGAGGACAACAGUGAGAUCCAAGGCAUGACACAGCAACAUGGAACACCUAGCAACAUUUUUGAUCAACUCAACAAGGAGCAGUAUGCAGCCUUGGUAAAACAGGUUACAAGAGACCUGAAAAUAGAGCAGAAUAGCACAACAAUUAGGUUCAAUGCUUCUGCCAUUUCUGGUACAGUUCAAAAAUACUCUGCCUCAUGUUUAACAAUGUUUAACUCCAGCACCUGGAUCAUUGAUUCAGGUGCUUCAGAGCACAUGUGCUUUGACUCUCAAUUUUUCACCUUUUUAACUUCUCUUCCUGUGCCUUUACAUAUCACAUUGCCUAACUCUUUCAGGAUAAUUGUGACCCAUACAGGAAGUGUUCCUAUACUGCCCAACCUGACUCUUCAUAAUGUGUUGUUUGUCCCAGUUUUCAGAUACAAUUUACUGUCUGUCAAUAAGCUAUGCACUCAAUACACAUGUGACCUUCUUUUCACUCCUAGUUGUUGCAUUUUACAGGGCCAUUUAAUGAAGAACAAUCAAGUUUUUGGUGAUGUCAGGGAUGUUCUAUACCUGUUGGAGCAUGUCAGUCCUAAGUUUAGGAUUUUAUCUAAAAAUAUAGUUUCUUUUCCAAAAGGAAGCAAUUCCAUUUCUCAGUACAAUUCUGUUUCUUUUCAAAGUUCAGUCAAUGUAGUUCCUAAUGUUGAUCUCUGGCAUGUAAGACUAGGGCAUGUGCCCUGCUCAGUAAUGAAAAAGUUUGAUUUUAUCAAGUUUGCUCAUAACUCAAAUUUUGUUUGUGAUGUUUGUCCUAAAGCAAAACAAACUAGACUCUCUUUUCCCCUCAGUCACAUUCAUUCUAAAAAGAUUUUUGAUAUGAUACAUGUUGAUACUUGGGGACCUUACAAGUCUUCUACCUAUGAUGGCUUUAGGUAUUUUUUGACUGUUGUUGAUGAUUACAGUAGGGGGACUUGGACUUUUCUAAUGGCCUCUAAGAGCAAUGCUUUUCCUAUCCUCAAGGAUUUUCUGGUCAUGGUUGAAAGACAGUUUCAGACUUGA